AAUCAGUGGGUCGAACUCGGAAGUCCUCUUUCCAGUCCAAGUCCAAGAAAUAAAAGCAAGAUUUCCCCUUUCUUUCUCGACCUAGCGCCGUUCCUCGCCCAAUCCGAUCGAAUCUCCGGCUGGCCGGCGAUGGCGCUGGUGCCCAACUGCCCCCCGGAUCUCCGGAUCUACGAUUCGGUUUACGAUUGCGGGCUGUCCUCGCGCCGGGAGCAGGCGGAGCAUAGGUCGCGGCUGCUGGACAAGAUCCGGGACUCCUACCGCAAGGCGCUGGAGCGGCUCAACCCCAGGGCGAGGCCCGGCAUGGCGGCGCGCUUCCUCCACGCCGGUGGUUUCUGCCUGGGCUUCGUCGACCCGGUCUCCAACGUCCUCGCCAACACGCUCGUCUCCCACGGGCGCGCGGAAUCGGCCGGCGAGCGCGACCUCGUCUACGUCCCCGAGGAGAAGCUCAGGGACCUGGAGCGCCGCUCGCUGGACGGCCUGGUCACCUUCCUCACCCGCUUCUUCCCCUACCUCCCCGACUGCCACGCCGUGCGCUUCCUGCUCCUCGCCGACGCCCACCCGAUGGUCGCCCUCCGCAUCGCCGCGUCGGACCUCGGCAUCAGCCGAAUCGGGUCCGACAAGCGCGCCUUCGACGAGGCCCUCGGCAUGGCCUUUAAGUGCGCCGCCAUGGCCGCCAAGCACCCAGACCCUGACCGACUCUUGCGCGACUGGCUCGCCAUCUCCAGCCGACUCCCCGACAACGUGGGCCUCCUCGCCGAGGUGCGCCGCCGCUCCCCGCCAUCCACCCUCGACAAGGUCGCCAAGCUGGUCGACGGAUCACCGCUGCCGCUCGACUCAUGCCUCUGGCUUUCGUUUUUAGUCGCGGGUUCUCGUCUCGGCAGCGUGCCGCACCUGCACAGCAGCGCUCUCAAGGGGACGCUCCAGGACGCGGUCCACGGGUUCUACCUCCAGGCCCUCGCCCGGCUGCCGGCCGGCGAGCUGCGCUCCCGCUUCCACCGCAGUCUGCUCGUUGCAGGCAACUGCUAUGGCCCGCUCGACCCUGUCUCCAACAUCAUCAUCAACACCAUCUGGUAUGAUGCAGCGUUCCCACAGACUGCAAAACUCGAGGUGGAUGUCAUCGGCACAAUGAUUCUCCACCGGAUGGAGAACUGCUCCUUGUUCGGCCUCAUCUCCUUCCUCUGCACGCGGCACCAUCACAUCGAUUUCAAUCAAGCUAUUCGAUGCUUGCUCCAGGCAAAUGGCAACCUACUCCAAGCUGAUCAUCGCCUUGAUGCUGGCUUCCGGCGGGAGUUCACCACCGGCUUGGAGAAAUCCUUUUUGGCUGCUGCUAGGGCUGCCUAUCACCCCAACCCUGAUGCUCAAGCAAAGCUUUUGCAUUCCUGUCCAUCUCAGGAGAUAUCAAGGCUACUGCAGGGUAGUGGCCAACUCUCUUCUGAAGAAGUUCAGUGCCUUGCCAGGUUGUUGUGUCCCGAGGCCGCCUGCAGCGAGCAGCCACUUCGGCCCCAUCCAGACUACUUGUUUUCGCAUACAAGGAUCUCCAAGAAGAUAAGUGCUGCAUUGAGUGCAUAUGCUGCAAUGCUUGGUGGGGAAACCAUGUAUGAGCUUCAUACUAUCUGUGGUGUGAACGAAUGCGUGUCAGGCCCAGUUGGCACUGAUGCUAAGUGCUACCACACUCAUGCCAAUUUCCUGGCAACUCCCAAAGGCGCUCAGUUUCCUACCGGCACAACUCCGUUGCUAUUCUUUGCUGAGGUGUGCAAUGGUGAUGAUGAGCACAGAGCUGGAGCACAACCCUUCGUCUGCCCUGUGUCAGUGCCGUUACCAUGCGCUGAACGGGUACGGUGCCUUUACUGCGAUCACAUGGGGAUCAGGAUCGUGCAUCCAGUUUGGGAAGACUUCCAUGGGCGCAAGUUGGAGUUUGAGAAGAUGUUCCGUGGAGAAGACCCCUGCGACAAAGAUUUUGAUCCUGCAGUGGACCGGUCAUAUUACACCAACAUGAAGAUCAUCGACCAUAGCCACGUGACGACGGAGAGGCUUAAUGGUAGGGUAGAAGAGGACCGCCUUUACAAUGAUCCGUUGGAGGAUAGUAGUGAUGGGUAUGGUAGCGACCUGACUUUGAUGAGCGAAGAGUAUGAUAGUGAUUUAGAUUUGCAUUCCAUGACUGACGAGCGUCAUGUCUCUCACCCCAUGGUAAUAACAUCUUGUGGUAGCGUUUAUUAAGAUGUUUGUAGAAUUGAGAGCCGCUGUGGGGUGUAGUGUUGUGACUAUGCUACUUCAGCCUGGUGGAAGGUGAUGCUCAAGUAAUUUAACAAGUAGUGUCGUGACUAUGCUACUCAGCCUGAGUUGAAGAUGGUGCUCAAGUAAUUUAACAAGUGACUACUUAUGUUCA